AUGGUGGGGGGAGAGAGGAAGAAGCGUGUGACAACUUUCUCAGACCUGUGGUGGACGCCGGCCCGGCCAGGAGGCCUUCAGACUGAGAAGAGUUGGUGGCGACGUGGACAGUGUCUGUCCUCUGAUGGCUUCCUGUCUCAGGAGUUGAGUUCUGCUGGCUCCUCUCGGACUAGGAGCCCUGAAGUGACCCCAGGACUCCUGUCCUUCCCCCCACCCCCAGGACCAGCAUUGCUCUGUCCACGACGAACAGACAGCCCAGACAGACAGUGUCCCGGAGCAGUGCCUGCCAGCGUUGGUCAGCAGCUUGGAAAAGACAGCUCUCACUUCUGUUUCUUCGCAAGCAUGCUUCUGCACCAAGGGGCCGAGCUGAAGGUGCAGACGAAGUCCUCAGAGAACCCCUGUGAGGAGGUCCUGACCUUCAGGAACUCAGGCCAAGAAGGCUCAGGUCCUAGAAACUUCUCCUGUGUCCUCUACAACGCCAACUCCAUGAACUGCAGUUGGAAGCCAGGCCCCACAGCCCCGGCCAGUGUCCAGUACCGCCUGGACGUCUGGACCAAGAUGUACAGACGGUGGACCCCUGGGUCAGAGGAGGAGGAGGACAUGGCCGAGUGUCCCCAGUACGUGGAGGACUCGGCCGGCCGGCAGGUGGGCUGUCACUUCCCCCAGCUCUCCCAGCUGACCAGCCGGCAGUUUCAUUUCUUCCUGAAUGGGUCCAGCCCGGAGGCGGCCAUUCCCUUCCUGGAUACCCUGGGGUUGUACGAGUAUCAGUUGGAGAAGUACAAUCCUCCCAGGAACAUCACCAUUCACUACAACGGCUCAAAUUACAUCAUCCGGUGGGCGAAUCCCCCGAGAAGACUGGAAUCCACGGGUGCUCAUAUAUUGCAGUAUGAACUGGACAUCCGCAGACAGGUGGUUCAGAAGGGAGAAGACACAAACGUGUACCUGGUGCCCAGCACGGAGUCCAGAGGGAGACACAGCGUGAGGAUACGAGUACGGCACAAACACGGAACCUUCUGGAGCGAGUGGAGCCCCACAUUGACAUUUGGCCUUCCAGAGGAGCACGCCAACUACACGGUCAUGAUUGUGCCAGCUGUGGUGGCCACGAUGGUGGCUGCUGUGGUCCUGAUAUUGCUUUUCGUAAGAUCUCCUGGGAAGAAGACCACCUAUCUCCACAUGCCCAGGAACCUGAAUACCUUACUGUGGAAGAAACAGGAUAACAUGCAGAUGGACAGAGGUAGCACCAACGUCACUUCUGAAAAUCUCCCUUCUACCUGUGGCCUGACACUCAUAAUGAUGCUGUUUGUGAAACGAUGCUAA